GAGCGCUUCGCUUUUUGGCCCUGGCAAAGGAACGCCAAAGAUCAUCCGCGAUUCAACCGGGCCUUCCCCGACGAGUCGCCCCCCGGCUGCGAAUCAUCCGGAGUGAAGCCGUGAGGCCGCAGUCAAUUGGAAGCAAAGACCCAGACCCAGUCCCUAGGCACCAUGUCGUCAAGCUAUCCGCCUCCGCCGCUCUCACCCUCGACUGCCGAUGCCGUCGCCGCCGCACAACCCCCGCAACAAGACGCCGAACAGCCCCCCCAACCACAAUCGCAGCUGCAUCAACAACACCCACAGCAGCAGCAACUACAGCAAUCGCCACAAUCGCAAUCGCAACCUCAAUCACAGCCGCAGCAACAAUCGCAACCACACGACGACGAUACCCAGCUCCAGCAGCAACUUCAGCAACACCAUGGCCAACUGCAUCCCUCGUACAUCCACAGUCUGUCCUCGGCCGACGACCAUUCUGUCGCCGCAGCCACCGCCGCCGCUGCUGCCGCCAUAGCCGCCCACCAUGGCCUACAAGCCCUCCAGGCUGCUGUCUCUGCCCCGGCCCCCCCGCCCAUGCAGAGCCCGGUAACGCCACAGUAUGCUACUCCCACCGAGCCUUCCUACAUGUCGGGCAGUGGUACCAUAGUCGCCCCGGCCCCCGGCAGCGCCAAAGCGACGCGACUUCGCAGGGCCUGCGACAUGUGCAGCCAGCGCAAGGUCAAGUGCGACGAGAAGCAGCCAUGUAAACCAUGCUGCGACCUCAAUGUCGACUGCACCUUCAUGCGCGAGAUGAAGCGACGCGGACCUCCGAACAAGCACGCCGAGGCCGCCAAAGCCGCCAAACGACCCCGCCUCGAGCCCAACCUUAGCCCUGGCCCUCAUAACGCCGCCGAGACCCUGAUAUCGAUCGCUGGCGCCCAAGAUCCCCGUCCAGUCGUCGAUGCCGAGUCAAUUGCCCCCUGGCCCGUCCUCACCCUGCUCAUCGACGACUUCUUUACCUACAUUCACCCGCUCGCCCCGUUUCCACACGAACCUACAUUCCGCCGGUCUUUUGCAAAUCGCGAAGAUCGAACAAGUCGGGAAUUCCUCGCUCUGUUAGCGAGCAUGAUCGGUAUCCUGGUCGCUUCCUUUCCUCGCACGGCAAGGCUACAUCUCAAGGCGCAACACGGCAUGAACCUCUUCCCCAAGGCCAUCGCCAUGAUCGAGAGAUGCCGCACUGUCACGCUGGAGGCCCGUGGGCCCAUGUUUUACAACAAGGGGGAUCUAACCGUUUACGAUGCAGCCACCAGCUACUUCCUCGGGCUGGCAGCUGGCUAUAUGGUUCAAUACAAACUUUGCCGGCGCUUCCUGACCGAGUCGAUGGCCUUCAUCAGGGAGAUGGGCUAUCACAAACCCCGCGAUCUGGGUUCGUCCAUGUUUGGCGUUACAUACCGUGGUCCACCUUUCGAUCACGUUCAAGACCAGCUCGGAAAGCGGCUCUUCUGGGUCAUGUUCCUCGGUGUUAGAUCCAUGUCUCAGCUUGGGGGCCCGCAUGGCGAGAUCAUCCUCCCGCCUCCAACGCCGACCGAGCCCUAUCCCGAGUUUCCCGCCGAGGUUGAUGACCAGUACAUAUUACCUCAGCAGAUUCUCGGCCAACCCGAAGGCGUUGUCUCCCUACUCACGGGGUUCAACCAGGGCAUUAAAAUAUACAUGACCAUGAACGGCCUUGUCAGCAUCGAACUUUCAUAUGGGAUUAGCACCUUGCCUUUCCACGACCAGAAGGUCAUGUUAGAUGAAUGUCUGCAAGCCGUCAAGCAAGUCAUGGAUGAUCUCCCCAGGGAGCUUACCAUCGACCUGAACAAUGCUCUGCCAUGUUUAGGCCUGGAAGACCUCCCGCCGGCGAUUCCACCCGAUGGCAUAUUUGACGAACACGGUUUCCAGUACUGCCCGCCAGCUUAUCCCGCCCACCAACCUCCGACAGAUAUCCGGCAUGCCAUUGAGAAUAACCCCGAGCAUCGUCGUCUUCUACAGUACGAGAUCCAAAAAGCCAACAUCUACGUUUCGCAGUUGGCCACCCGUUCUUACUAUGUCGAGCGUUACUUGAACCUUCGCGACGUGCACCGCGAAAAUACCCGAGUGCAGACGCAACAGGCGAUUGCUUCCGACAACGGCCUUGACGGUAGUUCUAACGGUGUCUCCAGCAAGAGUCUGGCAGCCGCCGCCCUUCAGGCAGCCGCAGACUCCAUCGACACCAACAUGUCGGCCGAGCGCGAGCUCAUUGUACAGAACCUGCUCACGGUGCUGACGUCCAUCUCGCAGCGCAACAUGGAGCCAAAUGGCGGUUCACUUAUCAACAAGAUACGCCAGGUGGCUUCGACGCUAAUCAACGACGCCCCUGAGCGCAAGGGACCGGUGGCCGUCAAGGCUGAAGAGCCUCUUAGCCGCUUUGUCGAUAUCCUGAUGCGCCUCGAGAAGACAGGGCCAGGAAACCUAGUCGCUGGCGGUGGCACUAUGACGCCCCAGGACGAGGAGCAGGAGCUCCGCAACUGGGCAGACUUGAGGGAGCACCAAAUUCGAUUCUACCAAGGGGGCGGCUACCUCAGGACCUUCUAGUUCUACAAGUAUAUGUUUAAUAUUCCCAAGCGGUGUUUUUUGUUGUACUGUCUGGUGUAUUUUCAAUCUGUAUGAUCAUCUCCUCUUUUCUUCUCUUGCGUUUGUCUGCGCAGGCUCCCCGUGCUUGGCACGGAAUGGGCAACGGAUAGUGUAUGACGGUACAAUCUGUUAACUAUAUUGGUGGUGUGGGAGCAUAUCAAAGGAACCAAAAGGAAACAAGAAAUGAACUUGGAUGGUAAAAGGUUUGCUAAAUGGCGGGGCGGGCGCGGGCUGUCUUUGUGGUCUAAUUUAAUCUUGAAAUAUUUGUGUGGGUGGAGAUCUUCGUCAGUGAGUAUUACAGCUGACUCAACAGUUGCACAAAUAGGUGUACAGAUCAAUGGCUCGCCCCUAUGCGUGUAGGAAAAGAACGCUAUCAAGGCGGGGGCAUUCGUGUCUACUUGCUAUUACUCGGCAAAUCUAAAUCUUGCAUAACGCCCUA